AUGGCAUCCAGUCGCUCGCUCCACAGCUCGGAUAUCGCCCAUGGCGGCUCCCCCUGCUCGGCACCGCCUCGAGCUCGCUAUGUCGUGCGCCCUGCUCUCUGUUGCUGCUCGCUGGUGCUCCGCCAUGGAGCUCGCCCGCGACGCCCGACAUUCUGUCUGUUCGUGCUCGCCCCUGUGUCAACCCCGUCGUCGCGCCGGUAUCCUGCUCGCGAGUUUCUCCUGCGCACUAUAGUGCUGGCCGGUCUUCUCUUCCAGCUCGCUCCCUUCGCUAGCCGUCCUAGCUCCAAUCCAUGGCGCUCGGCACCUACACUCCAUGGUCCUGGGCGACAACACAGAGUGCGUGGUCGCCGACCCGACAACCGCCAUUCCCUGCUCGGUCAUGGCAACGGGCCACCGCGCCCCUGCUUCCGGCUCCCUGCCCUCCCAUGGAGCCCAGCGCCGCCUCGAAUCUGCCAUGUCCAUUGCAGGUCGUCGAUCUCCUAUUUGCCCUGGACAUCGCCUCGACGCCCCAUCACAGCAGCUCGUCAUGGAACUCUUGUGCUUGUUGUUGAUUCCCGGUUGUCUCCGACCUUUGUCUCGCCAUGUCUUUCGGUCAUCAAGGACUGA